UGCUCGAAAGAGGGGAAAGCAAACAAUUUUCAGGCCCGCCGCGUCUAGCAAAAAAUAUGAGAAAAAAAUUAUUAAAAAUUCAGAAAAUAGUUGAAAGUGAAGAAAAACCCGACAGAAAGGAUGUUAAAGCGACCGGGGCCCCUGAGUCCAGGCGGUGUUGAGCACAUAAAACUGGAUAGAACAAUUGCAUCAGUACUAGUUGGGCACUGCGCCCCUGUCCAUGUAGCUGCUCAGCCCUAGAGUGCCAUGGCCACGGGAACCCAGGGCCACCGCGACCACCUCCUGGAGAGAACCAAGCUCGCGCCGCCCGCGGGGAGGCGCAGGAGAGCAGAGGGGAGGCCCAAGAAGAAUUUCUCUUGCCAGGAGUGUCAGAAGGCUUUCAACAGUCUGGAGAAGUUGAAGGUGCACUCGUACUCUCACACAGGAGAAAGACCGUACCGCUGCUCACACCCCGACUGCACCAAGGCUUUCGUCUCCAAAUACAAGCUGCUACGGCAUAUGGCGACUCACUCGCCAGAAAAAAACCACAAGUGUUCAUACUGUGAGAAAAUGUUCCACCGCAAGGAUCACUUAAAGAAUCACCUACACACUCACGACCCCUACAAGGAGGCAUUCGCUUGCCAGGAGUGCGGCAAGAGCUACAACACCAAGCUGGGCUUUAAGCGCCACCUCGCCCUCCACGCCGCCAACAGCGGAGACCUCACCUGCCAAGUGUGCCUGCAGCCAUUCCCCAGCACCGGGGUCCUUCUGGAGCACCUCAAAACACACGCUGGAAAGUCCUCCGGCGGGACCAAAGAGAAGAAGCACUGUUGCGAAUAUUGCGAGCGGCGAUUUUACACCCGUAAAGAUGUGCGGCGCCACAUGGUGGUGCACACUGGACGCAAGGACUUCCUCUGUCAGUACUGUGCCCAGCGCUUUGGCAGGAAGGACCACCUGACACGUCACGUGAAGAAGAGCCACGCUCGGGAGCUGCUAAGGGUCAAAACUGAGCCAGCGGAUUCGCUGGAGCCUGUUGUCUAUGAUAUGGCGUCUGGGGGCAUCAAGGACGAGCUUCCGGGAAUGCUGACAACGAGGCCACACCAGCUUAACCUGUUCACAGGCCCUGUCCUGGACACAGAGCCUUUCCCCACCCCCACACACCCGUUUUCUUUUAAGUACCCACUGGGCUCCAACUUUACCUCAUACAGCGUCUCACAGGAGCGGGAGCAGAAUCUAAGGGGAGAACUGGAGACCUACCUGAUGGAGCUGCAGAGCAGCAUGCCCUCCUCGUCCUCUGCAGCCCAGGAACCGCAACUCUCCUCCUCCAAACUGGAGCUGGAGCCUCAAGGGGGCGUGCUGGAGGAAGUGAGCGAGGGCGUGUCCCUGUCCAAAAUGGCCACCCCGGCGGCAGUAGCCGCCGCAGGCGACUCUCUGGCCUCAUCUGCCUCCCUGAUGGACUUCUCGCAGCUUUUCAACUUCCUGCCACUCAACGGACCCCCGUACAACCAGGCAGGGGGAAGCAGCGGGGGGCAGGGCGUCGCCUAUCCACCCAACGAAGAGCCGGCGCCCCUGGUCCAGCUUCCCGCCCAGCCUCCCGAAGGCCCAGAGGCUGCAGAGAGUCCGCUUCAAAGGCUGCCCUCCUCCUUCAUAUCCAACCUAAGCACACCCACUACACUGCCCCGCUUCCACCAAGCCUUUCAGUGAUCUAGUAUGUGCUUGGCCUGGCACACACACACACACACACACACACACUCAGUCCAACACAAAUACUGACACACAUGUUUAGCUACACAACCACCUCCUCAGACAAUGAAACAAGAUGCUACACGUGUUUGAAGAUAUUAGCACUUCUGUCCAUUUCACAUGACAUGAGCAGACAUAAACACAUGGCGAUCAGCACUGAAAGAAAGAUCACACACACACACACAUACACACACACACACUUUUUAUUGACGAGUUGGAAAAAAAAUUCCCCUCUCUUCCCUAAUGACGUGUUCACAUAAUAGCAGAAAACUGAUCCUCUUGUGUUGUGUGGAUGUGCAAAGACAAUAUCCAAGUUCUUGCUAUUUGCAAGUUUUAAAAUCUAACAUCCUCUCUUGUGAUGAUCAAGAGAAGUAACUAUUUCUAAGACCUACUGGUUACAAUAUACAUAAACAUCUUUAAUCGUAGCACAAGUAUGGAGAAUUCAGCCAUGUGCCGUGCUCACAAAGCUCAACACGCCACAAACACUAUGAUGGAGCAAAAACUGCUCUAAUGUGAACAGGGCUUCGCUGUGUUCGUUUAAACAUGAUUACGUCUUUUGGGAGUUGGAGAAUGUUCACAUAGAUGGAUGCUUAUAGUCAUUUGAUUGCAGUGACAUUUUAUUUUCUUCACUUAACCCCCCAUGCUUUAGAAUUGAUUGGCCUUAGCAAGCAGAUUUUGGGAUGUAUGUUAUUAUUUGGACAGCACUUUGAACUUUCGGAUUUCAUCUGUCACCACAGUUGACCGUUAUUUUACGUCUUUCUUUUUUGUUGUAGGGACCAAACUGUAGUUUUGGGAUGUUUUUUGCCCAUUUACAUCUAUUUAAUAAAUCAAAUACCAUCAAUGACAGCAGACCAUUUUCCAAAGCAGACCAAAUGUUGGGAGAUUUGUUUUUGCAAUGUUCCAGGCAGCUUUUGUGUUUCAUUCAUUUCUAAUCAGUAUGGAGUAGACUAUUCACAGGAGUCAGCUAAUCUGUUACAGUGAUCUUAUCUGCUUGUAUUUUUGUUAGUACCAUCACAGUAAUGUAGGUGCUUGCAUUAUGCAAUUACUUACACGGUCACCUUGUCAGCAGCAACAGACUGAUUUCAAAUCUCUCCAAUAAGUCGUGAAAUGAUAGGAAAACAAUGGCUUCCUGGAAUUUUGGAAAACUCAAUCCAAACAUCUCAAAGUCAAAAAGUCAAAAUAUGCAAAACAUCUAUCUGGUCCUUUUGAUCAAUCCCUAACGUAGAAGUUCAUUCAAACGGUUAUAGACAAGUGUAGAAACUACUGAGCAACAGUAUUACAGGUUCCCUUUU